AUGACAACAGUCAUCCGAGGCGAUUUUGUACAGAAUUGUUUGACUUUGUGUCCCGGCCUAAAGGCACCAUCACUUGUCAACUGCCCAUUCAACUUUUUCAUCUACCGAAUCGACUAUUUUCUCUCGACUCCAUUCAGUUUCGGCCACCUCGGCAACGGAUGGGCCACAUUUGUCCUCGUCUCCAAGCGCCACUUUGAGGCCCACCUCCCCCACCGCCUUGAUGGAUGUCCGGUCGCCGGUUGGCAAGGCCGGUGGCCUAUCGGCCGCCUCGUCAGCAACGCUGCUGCCGACUCGUUCGUCCGGCCGGUCGUCGUCUUCAGCAUCGCCGCUGCCGGCCGGCCCGAAACCGGCCACGUCGAGUCCCGCCCAGUCGGCGGCCCACGAGCUCACCGACUUCAUCCAAAUGAGUCCGGAGUAUCGGACCGCCUUCUCGAGCCGGCCACGACUCAUGCGCACCCCCGACACCACUUUACGCCCGGCCAGUCGGCAACAGACGCUGGCCUCGACGACCAGCAGCGCCGCUCAGCGCGGCCGGCCGAACCAGCGCGAUCGGCCGAGAUGAUCUGGUUUUCUACUUUUUAUAGCCUUUUCAGGCCCCUUCUGACGAGAUACAGUCCAUGCCAACUGAAGCCGGCUUAUUGCAUUCAUUCGACGCAGCCACGUCGGCACAUCAACUCCGCGGCUGUGAGCUUGUCGUGCUCAAGUGAAAAGUUAUUUUCGCUUCCUGGUUCCUGA